AUGGAGGCUGCACCUGCGCUCGAUGGACACCCGUCCAUCCCGACCGCGACGGCGCGAGUCGCGGUGGUAGGCGCGGGAAUCUCGGGGCUCGUCGCCGCGUCGAUACUCGCGGAGCGCGGGGCACACGUGGCGGUGUUUGAUUUGGGGAGGGGUCCCGGCGGUCGCAUGUCGCAGCGGAGGGAAAGCAUCACCGUUCCGCCACGUGGUAGCUCUACCGAGGCAGCCGUCGAUGUGCCGAAUGUAGAGGCCAGGUUCGACCAUGGUGCGCAAUAUAUCACCCUCAGCGACCCGAACGUGCUGUCCUUCCUGGAGCAGAGGUUCGGAGGAACGGGGGCGCUGGCGGAAUGGCAGGGGCGGUUCGGAGUUUGGGACGCGGAAAAAGGGGAAUUCACUCCAGGGGAGUUGGAGGACGCGGGGAGAGCGCAAGGGGGAGGAGAAGCGCACCAAGGGGGUAAUAUUGGUUUCGAGAAGCGGUUUGUGGGGGUACCUGGUAUGAACGCCCUCUGUCAAACGCUGCUUCUCCCCUCACAUGCGGCUUCUGCCGCAAACAUCAACGCCAGAUUCGGAGUCCAGGUGGCACGAGCGGAUUGGCUAGAGCACAAAAACCCUACAGGAGUGACUGAUGUAGACGAGGGCACCCCUCUCUCCCCGUCUUGGGAGCUUUUCUCGGCUUCCGGAGAUUCCCUAGGUUGCUUUGACGGCCUGGUAAUUGCUGCAUCGUACCGGACCAUGCCUGUGCUCCUGCCCGACCUGCCGAGUCUAGCACAGGUUCGGCAGGGCCUGGCGGAGGUCCGGGCAUCGCCCAGGUUCGCGAUGAUGCUGGCGUUCGCCGAGCCUCUCAGCCACGUGGCGUUUGAUGGCGUGGAUGUGGUGGGGAGUGAUGUGGUGGGGUGGAUUGGGAGGGACAGUAGCAAGCCGGGCAGAGCAAGGAGAGACGGAGGGCAAGACAGAGCAGACCAGAGCAGAGCAGAAGAACGAUACCAGGAGGAGCAGUAUCCUGGGUGCUGGGUGGUUCACUCCACUGCUCACUACGCCUCCUCCCUCCUCGCCUCUGCUCCCCCCGGCCGGCCCUCUCCGGACCUCCUUGCACGCGUGGCAGAUGACAUGUGGCGCGCUGUGAAGCCUAUCCUGGGCGGUGGCAGUGGGAGAGAAGGUGGUGAGAGUGUAGGAGGAGUGGAGGGGGAAGAGGGGCUAGAGCCGAUUUUGAGGAAGGUGCACCGGUGGGGAGGGGCGUUUCCUGUAGCGGGAGUGGCUGCAGGGGGGGAGAAGUGCUUGUGGAGCGAAGGGGGCCGGGUGGCGGCGUGUGGGGAUUUCUGUGUGGGGGGUCCAACGAGAGGGUUGGUGGAAGGCGCUGUGGCUAGCGGUAUGGAGGCAGGGCGCAAGCUGGGGGGAGGGUUGGUGGAAGGCGCUGUGGCUGGUGGCAUGGAGGCAGGGCGGAAACUGGCUCGGAGCGUCGCUGCCGUGCUGCAUACCCUACGCAAGCAGCACGCACCAACGGUGGCCCUCCACGUGUACUGGAGGCUGAGGGCGGCUGGACAGCUGUCGUUUCACUGCAAUGACGUGGCACUCGCCGCGUGCUGUGGUGUGGAGACGGAUUAUAGACUGGCGGAGUAUGAGAGGGCGGAGAGGCGGCAGGGGAGAGGGUGGGGCGGGGGAGGUGCGCAGGGGAAAGGGGGAGCGGAGGAGAUGGGGUUUCUGGGGAGCUCCGAAGGAGAUGGGUUGCUGGGGGGGGAGGAGGGAGAGGAGGGAGAGGAGGGGGAGGAGCGGGAGGAGCGGGAGGAGGGCAAGGAGGGAGAGGCGGGAGAGGAGGAAAGGGAGGGAGGAAGUGAGGGAAUGGAAGGGGAGGGGGGGCCCGAGGGAGGCGAGGGGGAAUGGGAGACGGGUGGCAGCAGCAGCAGCAGCAGCAGCAGCAGCAGCAGCAGCAGCAGCAGCAGCAGCAGCAGGGGAAACGGCAGGCACAACAAUGGGUGGCACAGCGAUGGGUGGGCGAGUAUCAACUGGCGCAGCAGGGGCAUGCCCCCACCGUGGGUGCUCACGAGUCCCACCGUGCACGCAGCUCUGGGUACCCACGCUCCUGCCCCCGCCCUGCACAUGCUGGCCGCGCAGGGCCUCUCCACCACAGGGCAGGGAGAGUUGGAUUCCGCCCAGAUGCCAGCACCGCACAUGCUGCCUGGACAGGGGCUUUUGACAGGGCGCAUGGGUGAGGGGGAAGUGACACAAGGGGCCAGGGGCAAGGCAAACGUUCUAGAGAGUGGACUGGGAGAGGUUGGUCUGGUGGAAGCAGAUGCUGCUGCUGCUGCUGCUGCUGCUGCUCUGUUGCACUCUCAUCAAGCCACCACUCUCCCUGCCCCCUCCCCUCACUCCCAAGCAUCAUGUAGCUCUCAAGCCUCCCCAGCCGACUGGCCAGCCAUGGAAGCACUCUUCCCCGUGCUGUCCGCGCUGAUCAGGUUCGAGGAGAGGUUCGGCAUAGGCUCGAGCGCGUGGGAGGAGGUUCGGGCGCUGGGGCUGUGGGAGAGAGCAGCUUUGGAGAUUCUGGCCGAGUCCCGGGGCAAGUUGCAGAGGUUCGGAGGGGAGCUGGCUCGGCCGUACCACCGGGUGCUCAUGGCUUUGGCUCUGAGAGGGAGGGAGGAUGAGAUUGCUCAGGUGAGAGAGAAAUGCCUGGUGCGUUUUUCUGAGGUGGCUUUUGAGGCGCCUCAAAAGUUGGCCGCACCACAGGGUGCACAUGGCUCUGGCUCUGAGAGGAGGGGUGAUGAGAUUGCUCAGGUGCGGGCAUGGAUGGAGCAGGACGGAGUGACUGAGGCGCCCAGCUUCCCUGCGCUGCUCACACGCUUGUGCCAUCUGGGCCAGUCAACGCCUGCUGCUGCGUCCCACGUGCCUCUGCUCUCCGUGCUCACCAGCAGCCCUGACAUAACGAUCCAGAAGCUAGCCUUACAGCAGCAGUGGGAUGACAUGCUGCUGCUGCUCCCCCACGCGCUCACCUGCUACUUUGAGUCGCACGGGUGGGAGCGCAUCACCCUCUGGAGCUCCGCCCUCGCUGCUGUGGGCCAGGCGUGCCGCCCCGACGUGCUCAAGAGCAUGGUGGAUGCUGCUGAAGCCACAGGGCUGGCUGAUGCUCCCUUCUCCCUCCCUGACGGCACGCAGCUGACCCGCAGGCAGUUCCUGGGAGCCAACUACUGGAAGGGCUUCCGCCCGCUGGUGGAGCGACAGGGGCGGCAGGGGGUGUCAGGGGGCGAGUUUGAGCGCACGUGGGGGCUGGUGAGGCAGGCCGUGGCGGCCACGGGGCUGCACCCCCAUGAGGGCAUCUCGUCCCUCCUCAUCUCUGGGCUCUGCGUCAACGGCCAGCUCGACAGGGCGAUGGAUGUGUUGGAGGAGAUGCAGCAGAUGGGAUUCGCCCUCACGCCACGCGUCUUCGAUCCGCUGCUGCUGCAGCUCGCGCGCUCCAAGCUCUUCAAGGAGGCGCUCGCCCUGGCUGAUGUCAUGCGCCGCAUGGACGGUGGGCUCACGGUGGCUUCCUUCAGCAGUCUCAUUGAGGCGUGCCUGCAGGUCCAUAAUAUCCCAAUGGCACUGGAGCUAGUAGCGGGGAUGAGGAGCACGGGCGUGCACAGUAUCCCAAUGGCGCUGGAGCUAGUGGCAGAGAUGAGGAGCACGGGCGUGCAGAGGAACAGCUACAUCUACACGCCCAUCAUCCACGCCUUCUGUAAACAGGGGAAGCUGUCAGCAGCGAUGGGGGUACUGAGGGAGAUGAUGGCAGACGGCAUUCGCCCCAACGUGGUGGUGUUCACGCAGCUGCUGCACGGCUGUGCCCUCGCGCGCAACCGAGCCAUGGGCAUGCGCGUGCAUGAGAUGAUGCAGCAGCACGGCGUGCCACCCAAUGACUACCUGCAUGCCGCCAUGGUGGAGCUUUACCAUAAGACAGGCGACGUGAAUGGCGCCAUGGAGUACCUGGCAGCAGCAGAGGCGGCAGGGCACAGAGUAGGCGCCAACGCAGUGAGCGCGCUGGUCGAGGCUCUGGCAGCAGCGGGGCGCACAGAGGCAGCUCUAGCGGCGUUCCACCGGGGGCGAGCACAGGGCGUGCAGCCGCUGCCGUACGCCGUGGGGACCAUGAUCAUGGCGCUUGGGCGGGCGGGCAAGGUGGAGGACAUGAUGGUGCUGUUCCGCGAGUCACGCCGAGGGGCACGAGGGGCGCGGAGGGUGCAGGGGGGCAGGUGGACAUGGGGGAGCGGGGAGGAUGGGGAGACUGGGGGGAAGGAGGGGAAGGAGGGGAAGGAUGAGGGCGGGAGGCAGUGGGAGGGCGUGACGUGGCAGCAGGAGAUGCGGAGUGGGCAUGCGCUGGUGGUGCAGACGCUGGCGUGCCUCGUGCAACUCCAUGACGUGCAGCGCAUUUUGGAAGUAGCAGAGGAGAUUAAAGACGACCCUCAACUCAACCGCCAGCAGAUCUUCGACCAGGUGGGGUUCCUGCCUGGUAUACGGCUGGUCACCCAGGUGGUCACCCAGGUGGUCACCCAGGUGGUCACCCAGGUGGUCACCCAGGUGGUCACCCAGGUGGUCACCCAGGUGGUCACCCAGGUGGUCACCCAGGUGGUCACCCAGGUGGUCACCCAGGUGGUCACCCAGGUGGUCACCCAGGUGGUCACCCAGGUGGUCACCCAGGUGGUCACCCAGGUGGUCACACAGGUGGUCACACAGGUGGUCGCACAGGUGGUCACCCAGGUGGUCACCCAGGUGGUCACCCAGGUGGUCACCCAGGUGGUCACACAGGUGGUCACACAGGUGGUCACACAGGUGGUCACACAGGUGGUCACACCGGUGGUCACACCGGUGGUCACACCGGUGGUCACGCAGGUGGUCACGCAGGUGGUCACGCAGGUGGUCACGCAGGUGGUCACGCAGGUGGUCACGCAGGUGGUCACGCAGGUGGUCACGCAGGUGGUCACGCAGGUGGUCACGCAGGUGGUCACGCAGGUGGUCUCGCAGGUGGUCUCGCAGGUGGUCUCGCAGGUGGUCUCGCAGGUGGUCUCGCAGGUGGUCACGCAGGUGGUCACGCAGGUGGUCACGCAGGUGGUCACACAGGUGGUCACGCAGGUGGUCACGCAGGUGGUCACGCAGGUGGUGGUCACGCAGGUGGUCACACAGGUGGUCACACAGGUGGUCUCGCAGGUGGUCUCGCAGGUGGUCUCGCAGGUGGUCUCGCAGGUGGUCUCGCAGGUGGUCACACAGGUGGUCACACAGGUGGUCACACAGGUGUUGUUGCCAGUGGCCAGGGGCCUACCAGAUGUGAGGGGGGUGUGCUUGAUAGGGGUCCGAGAGGCGCUCCGUAUGUUUCAAGCGCUCCGCACUGUGGGUGUGCAUGCGUCCCGCAUGGUGCUGGAAGCGCUGUUGGAUUCUUGUGCGGCGAUGGGAGACUUGCCCCGCGCCCUCCAUGUAAUGGACGACAUGCAUCGCAAUGACCUGCCCCCCACCGUCUUCACGCUCUUCCGUCUCUUCCGAACAGCCAUAACAUCAGAGGAUGAGGAUGCUGCUUGCGCGGCGCUGCGCCAGAUGUCGCCCUCUGAUUUGUCGGAUGAGGACGUGCAGCUGCUGGUGCUUAAAGCCCUCGAGCCCUUCAUCCGGGCGGCGGCUGAAGGAGGGGAGGGGAUGGCCCUGGCCAAUGAGACGCUGCCACGUGUCAGGGAGGAGGCUUACGUGGCAAUUUUGAGAGCCAAUGCGCUCAAGAUGAGGGGCUUGGUAGGGAGAGAAGGGGAGAGGGGUGGGACGUGGAGAGAUAGAGGGGAGAAGGAUGCAGGAGUGGGUGGGGAGAUUUCUGAGAUUCUGGCAAGGCAGCAUUCUCGGCAGUCAAAUGAAAACAGGACAGGAGAAUCACCGUGA